AUGUCACCUUGGCAGAAAAAUCCUGGAUUCAAUAACUUUCAGAAUGUAAAAUUAACAGAAAAUGUGCAAGGACCUCAAAUGCCUCGUAGAUCUACCGAUGAACUCGAGCCAAUCCACAGAAGACAAGUAAAACAAAUCGAUGAUUCAAAUUAUAAGGAUGAGGAUGAUGUUAAACCCAAGAAAAGCAGACUCCCGUUGUAUUUAAUCUUAGUGGCUUUCCUUGCAAUCGCUUUUCUUAUUGGAUAUUUCCUUGACACUGACAGCAAAUAA